AUGAUCAACGACUACCCUUGGUUACCUGGGCCUGCUGGUGUGGUGGCUGCCAUCUCCAAGAUGGCGGCGUCGCCCCUCGAGCGGGUGAACCUGUUGCUGCAGGUACAGGCCUGGUCUGAGCAGAGCCGGGCGGACCCUUGCUACCAGGGCACGGUGAACUGCUUUAGUGCUGCAUCCCCAGGGGACAAGUUGGGGGCCCUGGGCUGCGCCCCCCUCCCUGUGCCAAGCCCUCUCCCAAACCCUGUUAAAACAAAAGCUUUUAGAAACUUCUUUGGAGCGAUGGUGAUGGAGCAUCCAUCAUGGGCCAGGGCAUUCAAAGGGGUACGGAUACUGGCGGAGGAGGUGAGUUUUUGGUGUGGCAAUUUGGCAAAUACUAUACAGUAUUUCCUAACACGGGCUCUAAACUUUGCUUUUAAGGACAAAUAUAAUAUUUUCAUGUCCAAAGUGGAUAAAGAAAAACAGUACUGGAAAUGGUUUUUGGCAAACCCAGCUUCUGGCGGAGCAGCAGGAGCACCAUCCAUCUGUGUAGCGUACCUAGGCUUCGCACGAGCUCAUUUAGCUGCUGAUACUGGGAAAGGUAGUGAAGAGCAACAGUUCCAGGGACUUGGUGACUGUAUUAUUGAAAUUGCAGAGACAGAUGGACUUCCUGGCCUCUGCCAGGGUUUUGGUGUUCCAGUACAGGGAAUCAUUAUAUACCGAGCCUCCUAUUUUGGAUGUUAUGGCACCGUUAAGGGGUUACUGCCAAAUCCAAAGCAAACUCUAUUCAUUCUUUCCUUUUUCAUUGCUCAGGUUGUGACUACUUGCUCAGGAAUGCUGUCGUAUCCUUUUGACGCUGUCAGGAGAUGCGUGAUGAUGUGGGUACAGUCUAGCUUGCAAUCCUUUUCUGAAAAAUUACUUACUAGAUUUUUGAAGUUUGAUGUGCUAAUUGAAGCGCUGUAUAGCCUUACAGCAGACUGGGCAAUCAGCAUGACACUGAAACACGCAAGACUUUUACGAAAUACUUUCAAGAGUUUGGCUUAUCCUGCUUACGAUCUCAUCUCCAACUUGCAACUUACUCUUGACAAAGCAAAUAAAAAGUCCAUUGGCACUUUUCUUGUUGCUAUCGUGAACAUCUACGCACGUCUGCGUGCCUGA